UAUUUUAGAUAUUAUUUUCUUCUUCUUCUUCUUUUUCUUUUUCUUCUUCAUCUUCUUCUUUUUAAAUUUCUAAAAAUUUAACAUUUUCAUCACAAUGUAAAGAGAAAAUAUCACAAUAAGAUAAUUCAAAUAAAUAAAUUUAACUAAGUAAAGGAGGAAGAUCUUAUUUAGGUUUUCCAUUUUUUUUUUUUGCUAAAAAUAAAUUCCAAUUAUUUUCUGUAUUUAUUUUCAAUUUAUGCUAUUUUAACAUUUAGUCAAAGGAAAUUAUAGAGUUUUUUAUUAUUUCUUCAACUUUUACAUUUAAAUAUUUUUCGUUUAUUUUUAAAAGUUCAGAUUAAAAAUCAAAUUUUAUAUUUAAAUAAAUUAAUAUUUCUCUAUUUUAAUUUAAAAUUUAUUAAUCAGGUGUUUAAAUUUAUUUUAGGCUAUUUAAUUUUACUAAAAAUUCAGAUAUUUCAGUUUUAGUUUAUGGGUAUAAUAUAUAUGAUUAAGAAA